AUGCUGCUUUUACGCUCAAAUACAAAUGAAAUUCGUGCUCAGUUCAAGUCAGCAGGAUCUAUCUCUUAUGCAAGGUUUAUUGAUGAAGGUUACCUAUUAUUUAUUCAAGUCUCCAGACUGAUUUACUGGAGCAGGAGAAGUCACAUCACUGAAUCAAUCAUACCUCAACUAGAUCAAUUGAAUUAUUUCACACAAUUCUUUUGGUCAUGCCUUUUCCUCUUUACUUUCUAUAUUGCCAUAUGCAAUGAUGGAGAUGGACUACUUGGGAUCAGCAGAAUUCUAAAACUACGUAACCAACUGCUUUCACACCGUACGAACAACAUCUGGAGCAAGGAGCCCAACAGUUUGGAAGAUAUCUUGAGAAAAGGUUUUAGCACCGGUCUAUCCUAUAUGUACUCCAGUUUAUUCGAAGUCUCCCAAUGGUGUAAGGUCGACGACUUAUUGGGAAAAAGGAGGAAGAUCACUUUGAUCUCUUGUUUCGGAGAAAUUAGUGGCUCACGAGGAAUGGAAAGGAACAUCUUCUAUUUGAUCUCAAAGUCUGCAUAUAGCACUUCUUCCAAUCCUAGAUGGGGGAUCACUUGUAGGAAUGACAUAAUGCUAAUCCAUGUUCCACACGGCCAAGGAAGCAUCGGUUUUUAAUCUCAUCAUGACUUGGUCGUUC